AUGGCGAAAAUCUACAAGGAUACCCGGGUCGACCUUCGACCGCACUCCCCAAGCACGGUCGUUAACAUUCAGAUUCCAACAGAAGCGAGCACCCAAAGCCGAGCUCGUUUCGCAAUUUCCACCUUCAGCAGCCAAGAGCUACCGGUAGCGAGAGACGAAGAGGACUUCACCAAGCGAUACUUGGCGACACAAGGAUCGAUUUACUUUCGCAAACGCAGCGUCUACCCCCGGGCCUUCCUCUGGCGAGUUGUCGAUGACAGCAAGGUUCUGGAAAUCCAAUGCGUCGAUUUAACGAAGGGUGGGGUCGAACACCACGAAUACAAUGUGACUUUGCGCUUGGAAUUCGAAGAAGGCAUCGUCCCUUCGGGUGUCGAUCUUGCAGACUUGGAGGAGCACGAAGCGUUGAGCGUGUUCGUCCUUACGGCCGACAAGCACUUGCACACCUUGACCCUACGCCCUGAGUUCUUCCGGAGGACGGAGGCAAUCGACGAGAACAUCUCAGACUGGUGCAAGUCUUAUGUUCCGGCGCCGCUGACAUUUACGAACCCUCACCGACUACACGCGAGUAGCCCACUGGAGUUGUUCAUUUCUCUUGACAAUGGCGCGCUGUUGCGGUUAACGAGGAAAUCUAGUGAUGACGGAUCAAACUGGACACCGAUUACUUUUGACGAGAGGACAUGGGGUGCAUCGAUCCGCGGCUUGGUUAGAUGGCAGGCGCAGCCUUCCAUAAGAUACAAGGGGCGCACGCUCGAUACGAACGUCGCGAACGCCAUCACAACGACGUCUGACCAGACCUAUGUUUUCGCCGUCUGUCUCAAUCAUACCUUGAAGAUUUGGAACCUCGCGACCAACAAGCUGGCUGCUACGAAAGAUCUGCUGGACCGUGAAAUCCAGCAGCCAGACGAAUCAUCAUAUUCGCUGAAUCCGGCCGAAUCGUCGUUCAUCCGGGUCUUCAAUAUGGAGCGCGCGUUGGAUGGAGGUUACCGCUAUUACGUCGUCACUUAUUCGCCCUUCGAAGAUGGCCGCUUCAAGUUUUGGGCUGUGAAGGGCGGCCUGACUUCGCCGCUGGUGAUUGAGGACCUGUACCCCGGGGUGGCUCUGAAGCCGGUCGAUCCAGAUUCAACCGGAAGUAUGUUCUGGAGUAUUGCCGAUUUCCAAAUCAAACCGGCCGAGGAGGGUAAGCGUAUGGAGCUGUGGGUUUUGUGGAGGAAUAGCAGUCUCUAUCAGCUGUAUACGCUGCACUUCAACUUUGAGUCUCUGCCCAAGGAUUGGAAUACCAAUUGGGUAUCCACCGUCAUGGACAGCCGCUGGCAGGAGCCGCCACCCGUCAUAGCCACUUCUGAUGUUGUUGACCCGACGGAGAAAUGGCUGGAAUACUUGUUGAAGCCGAAUAGGUUCUCGCCAGAGGUCCUCGAAACCGCUCUGGCAAUCUAUCAAGAGGCCCUCAAACCAAUGUCGUCGUCCGGUUUCCCGAAGAAGACCCACAGCCUUGAGGAGCGGCUUUGUUCCACUAUUGGUGCCCAUGUAUCUCUUCGAAAGCACGCCGAUGAUGAGAUGGAUUAUACUCGCUAUCGCAUGGACACAGAUUCCAAAUGGCGCCAAUUCUGGCAGAUUGCGGAUGAUGUCAAUAAACGGCGAUUCGAGCCGGUAGCCCUCGCGUAUGACGUUUAUUAUGAGACACCCUGGAUGCUUCUCUCGGACGGCUGCGCGAUCAUUCGUGAAUGUAGCUCCGCGGAGCUUAUUCUGCACAACUCUGGCGCCGAGCUUCGCUCAGAUGGGCCGGUCAUUGUUGAUCGCUGGAGGCAUCGCAAACUGGAGACAGAGAUUGGUAGUCUAUUCGAGCAGGCGUCCCAUCUGAUCACUGUUGCAUCCGGUUUCCGCAAGGCGUUCUCCGCCGAGCUGGAAGCUGCUUGCCAGGAGGCCCUUGACGCUGAGAUUUUCACUGAGCCCUCUACGUCUGUGCAAGACAGGAUGGAUACUUUCCGCGAGCGGUGUGAUUUCGGAGAGCGGGUAUCUAAUAAAGCAUAUGAUACUUUGGUCUCCGUGAUGAGUGAGCACCUGAACAUCUCCAGGAUGCCUAACGACGUGUUCUACACCAUCAUUGAUACUAUUCCGCUCGACUUCCCCGGCAAAAAUUCCGAUCUCUUCCACACUCAUUUUGGCAUUAAGGUUAUCGUCAAUGGUGUCCAGGAGACCAUUAUACUGACGCGGAAGACCCUGGCUGACCUUCUCUUCCUCGUUCUGUUUGUGGACGGAGAGGUCGAGCAGGAGGCUGGCUCGGACUUCGAUGCGGCGGAUCUGUUCGUGACUCUUACUACUUUGCUGAGGGAGUAUGAGAUGAUGUCCUGGUUAAGCUCGCAUUCACGAAAGUGCACCGACCGACCGACCAAACCGCCGGGUGGCUCUUCUCCUGUGGCCCUGAAAGACUCUUCUCGUAAGGAUAAGGGACAAAGAACGGCCACCAUCCUCGAGGAUUUGUUUGCCAGUGACAUCAAGCCGCGCCAAACCAUAGGACUUCCUCAAAGCUACACCAUUACCCUGGGAAUCCGUGAUAUUCUGUCAUGGGUCACCCGCCAAGGGGAGGUUGCCUACCCUAAUGCUUUGGUUUACAUACAAUGCGACCUCAUCGCUAAGAACAACAUCGACCUUGCUUGGGACUUUCUCCGGUUCCAAGCAAGCACGUCUUGGGCGACCUACGUCAAGGGUCGACUAUAUGUGGCCAUGUCUGAAUACGACACUGCGGCUUUGUACUUCCGCAAAGCUGCCUACCUACUUUCUUGUGGAAAACCUCUAGGUAACUUGCACGAGAUGUCGUCAACAUUGCUGGACAUUGUCGCGGUCGAUUGCUUCCACAAUGGCCUUCCCAAGUACUUCCAGCACAUGGUGACGAUUUUCGAACAUGCACGCUCGUUCUCGCAUGUCGCCGACUUUGCGAGCCUGGCGCUGCAGGCACUUGCCAGUGAGCAUGGGAGCCAGCAGCAUGAUGUGGACUACUCUAGCCUGCGCUCAGAUCUUCUCUCGCGCUUGUUCUAUGCCUCAUUGCAGAACUGCCAAUUUGACCAGGCAUACUCUGCUCUUUCCAGAUACAAGGAUCGAACUUUGCAGAAGUCCGCCCUGGGCUCUCUUAUCACCGGCAUUCUGACGGCCUCAGGGCCCGGCACGGCGGGUCUCCGGCAGAUUCUCCACUUCCCCACGACUCUCAUUCCUAACAUCGCAUCCUACGUGGACGAAACUUUGACUUCCCUUGCUCAAAAGCAGACCUCUUUCACCUCCUACCUUGAGUCGGACAACAAGUGGAGCGACGGCACUCCGGACUACCAACGCAUCCUACAAGCGUACCGUAUCGAAAGGGGCGAUUACCGUGGCGCCGCUGAGAUUGCCUACCGGAACGUGCAGCGCCUCCGCCAUGCCCGCGACGUUUCCACGCAUCUCAUUCUCACCAGGGCAAGAGAAGCCGACGACAGUCACCCAAUCGAAGAAGAUGAUCCAGAAAGCAAGGAAAUCCGACACGAGCUCCUAUCGCUCAUUAACCUUCUUGCUUGCGUCGACAAGAGCGAAUCGUACAUCCUCGUGAACAAGGAGGACCCCCAACAGCCACCACCGUCAUCCCUCGAGGCCAGACGCCGCAGCUUCCAGCACCAUAUGCAGCCAGACCACGAGGGCAACCACCCCCUGGAUGACGCCGUCACCGCCUCUCCCUCACCCAACCCCGCCCCCAUGGGCGGAACCCCCUCCGGGCGCCGUCUCAGCGCUAGCGCGACGGCAAUCCGGCCCUCUAGCCGCCGCGACAGCAAGGCCUCCAUCAGCAGUGCCGUCUUGAGCAUCCCACAGAAGCGGGUAAUAGUGACGCUGGAUCACCUCCGCCGUGAAUACCAGGCCGAAUUAGACCGGGUCAGUCGGAUCGAACGCGGUGAUUGGGAGUUUGGGCUUCUUGAUCCCGUUGGCGCUGAGGAUGGCCACAACCACGACGAAGACACUACAAUGGUGCUCGGGUAG